AUGCUGCAUGACAGGAUCAUCUGGGGAGUUUAUGACAAAAAAUUGAGAGAAAAUAUCAGGAGCAAGGCUAAGCUACCCUUGGAUGAUAUUGUGGACAUUUGUAAGGCAGUUGAGGCUACUGCAAAGUAUCCAAGGACUGAGGACGGUGAAGGAAUCCUCACAGUUGACACAGUUCAACAUGUUGCUAAAAAAUUUAAGAAAAAUCACCAAGGAAAAAAUGGUAAAAGUGGUGGAUCACUGCACCAAACCAAGAGCACAAACCCAUGGCGGAAACAUGGAAAUAAGACUUACCAGAAAGGGGGACCAAAAAAAUCAAAUAAGUUCGCCUACUUGUGUCGGAAGUGUGACAAGACACAUGGGGCAGGAAACUGCCCAGCGUGGGGAACUAACUGCACAAAAUGCAAUGGUAGAAAUCACUUCGCUGCAGUUUGCAAGUCGAGGAAAGGGUUCAAUCCGAACAAGCCUCAGAAAGAUGUAGACAGCUUGUCUAAAGUCACUAAUGAGUUGAGAGACAUUCUGAUUAAUCCACGCUGGCAGAAUGAGUUUCAACAGGUGAGUGUACAUAUGUUAACAAUUGUGCAUGACAAUAAUAAAAAAAUUAUUUUAAGUGGUGAGAGUACUCAGCCUAGAGAUGAAUAUACUGAAGUGUUAAAACUUCAAAAUGAACAUUUCAUCAAGUUCAAAUUGGAUUCAGGUUCAGAGGUCAACUCACUCCCACUAGCAGUAUUCAAAAUGAUAAAUAGAAAUUAUCCUGUUUACAAAACGGAUAUUAUUCUAAAAGCCUAUGGCAAAGUCCUGAGUACACCUGUGGGUGAGGUAAGACUUCUGGUAGAGACACCACAUGGGGAUAAAAUGAUGUGUAAAUUUAUCAUUUCUAGCAUUGAACCUAAGCCUUUGCUUGGGAAGGAUGCCUGUGAAAAACUAAAUCUGGUUGUUAGGGUGAAACAUCCCAUCAAAAAUGUACAAAAUAUGGAAGCCUAUUCCAUACAACUUCCAGAUUCAAAAAAUGAUUUUGUAAAAAAAUAUUUCAAGCUGUUCACAGGUAUGGGAGAGUUCCAGCAAAAAGUGGAAAUAAUGCUAGACCCUACCUUCCAACCUGUAAUGUGCCCGGCAAGGAGAUAUCAUUUCUCUAUAAUUCAGCGGUUAAAAACCAAACUGGAUGACUUGGAAAGGGAUGGCAUUGUUGCUAAAGUUACUAAUGAAAUUCCCAAGUUUGUCAGUAAUAUGGUGAUUCGUGAAAAAAGCAAUGGAGAUCUAAGAAUCUGUCUUGACCCGGAACAGUUAAACAAAGCAAUUCAACGCUCAAGGUAUGCGAUUCCAACUUUUGAUGAAUUGUCUUACAAAGUGAGAGAUCAAGAAAUCUUCACAGUGCUUGAUCUAAAGUGGGGUUUUUGGCAUGCUACGCUAGAUGAAAAAUCUAGCAUGUUGUGCACAUUCUCCACUCCGCAUGGCCUUUACAGAUUCCUGAAAAUGCCUUUUGGUCUGUGCAGUGCACCUGAGACAUUCCAGUUUUUAACUGAACAAGCAUUUCGGGGUACUGACGCCAUAAUUUACUUUGAUGACUGUUUAAUCACAGGAAAAAAUUAUGCUGAGCAUGACUAUAAGCUUGCAAAAUUUAUGGAGAAGGCAAAUGAGCAAAAUAUUAGAUUUAAUAUUGAUAAGUUGCAAUACCGUAGAAAGGAGGUAAAAUUCUUGGGACAACUCUUGUCAAAAAAUGCAACAAAAGUAGAUCCUGAAAGGGUAAAAGCAAUAAGUGCCAUAAAUGAACCCAAAACAAAGAAGCAGCUGCAAAAAUGCUUGGGAACAUUUAAUUAUGUGAGAAAGUUUUUACCUCAAAUGGCUACAAUUGCUGCACCCCUGUACCAAUUACUUUCUAGUAAAGUUAACUUUCAAUGGUUACCUGCACAAGCUCAAGCUUUCAAAGCUUUGAAAGAAGCAUUAACUACAGCUCCAGUUCUUGCUACUUUUGAUAGCUCCAAGCCUAUAGUAAUUCAGGCCGAUGCAAGCCAAUUUGGACUGGGAUGCUGUCUGCUGCAAAAUAAACAGCCUGUAGCAUUAGAUUCCAGGAUCCUAACUGAGACAGAAAGAAAUUAUGCUCAAAUAGAAAAAGAAAUGUUAGCUUUAACAUUUGCUGCCCAAAAAUUUGAGAAAUAUAUUUGGGGCAUGCCAAAUGUGCUAUUUCAAACAGAUCAUCAACCUUUGGUAUCCAUUUUUAAAAAACCAAUUUUCAAAAUAACAAACAACAGGUUGAAAAAGAUGAGAAUUAAAUUGCUCCGAUUCCAACCUAACGUUGAAUAUUUGCCAGGAAAACACAUGCAUAUUGCUGAUCUGCUUUCUCGAAAUUGCCUGAAUGAUCCUGUUCAGGAUGAUCCAGAAAUGGUUGAAGUUGUGCAUGAGGUGACAAAGUAUUUACCUCUGAGUCCUGACUUGCGUCAAGAGCUUGCACAACAAACAGACAGUGAUGUUGGGUUAACUGCUGUCAAGCAGUACUACAAAAAUGGGUGGCCUAAUACCCGACAACAAACUGUUGUCGAGGCAAGGCCAUACUGGCAAGUGAGGAACGAUCUAUUUGUAGAGGAUACUUUUGUAGUCCUCACAGAUAGGAUUGUUGUGCCACUCUCACUCAGAAAAAUGGUACUAAAAAGACUCCAUACUGCACAUCUGGGCAUAGAAAAGACCAAGGCCAGAGCUAGACAAUCAGUUUAUUGGCCAGGCAUGUCAAAUGACAUUGCCACAAUGACCAAAGAGUGUCGGGCGUGUGAACGUCAUAGUGCCAGGAACUAUCACGAGCCUUUAAUUCCACAUGAAAUUCCGUCCCUUAGGUUUCAAAAAAUUGGUCUUGACAUACUGGAGUUGAACUCAAAAUGUUACCUUGUGGUUGAAGACUAUUUGUCUAAAUGGCUUGAGAUAAAGCCACUGACAAGUAAAAACAGCAAAGCUGUCAUAGAUCAGCUGCGUUUAAUCUUCUGCACACAUGGUAUUCCUGAAAUCAUAUUUGGAGACAAUAAUCCACUGAACUCCCAAGAAUGUCAUGAAUUUGCAACCAGUAUGGGAAGUAAAAUUGUCACCAGUUCCCCAGAAUACUCUUGCAGUAAUGGACUUGCUGAAAAAGGAGUUCACAUUGCCAAGCAAAUGCUUAAAAAAUGCAAUGAUGACAAGACGCAUUAUCUAGAUGCAUUGCGGGAAUACAACAACACUCCAUUAAGUGGAAUGGAUGUGUCGCCUGCAGAAAUUCUAAUGAGUAGGAAGGUAAGAACUGUUGUUCCAACACUAAAAAGAAAACUGGAACCCAAAAUAGUUCUAAUUAAACCAAUCCUAAAGCGUCUUCAAGAAAAACUGAAGCUCAGGUAUGAUCAACGUGCUCGCCGCAAACCUAUCCAGUUCAAGGAAGGUGAUGCUGUAACAGUCCUGAGAGGGAAAAAAUGGCAUAAGGGUAAAAUUUUUACAAAGCAUCCUGCUGACAGGAGUUAUGUUGUUGAGCUGUUAGGGGGAGGUACAUUGAGGCGUAAUACUUUCUUUAUAAGACCUUCAAUUACUGAACCUGAUAGAGUGGACUCUAGUGCUGGUACUAAUCACCAAAUUGAUAUAGAAUCAAUACUUGUCAACCUGAGGGCUGGACAAAAUAGUAAACCACCUGCUCGACCUAACCCUCCUAACCCUUGUCCUCCUCUCUUCACAGAUGCAAACCGAUCAAGGUCUGGGAGACGUUUGAGGAAGUCAGCAAGACUGACAGAUGACAACUUUCAAUAUUAA